AUGUCAUUAUCUGGCUAUCUGACGAUCGCUGAUCUAGCAGGCAUAAAAACUUGCUUCAUAUACCUAAAUUAUUAUUUCCUUCUAUCUAUCUGUCUAUCUAUCUAUCUAUCUAUCUAUCUGCAGGUGCUCACUAUCUAUCUAUCUGAGAGUGUUUACUUUCUAUCUAUCUAUCUAUCUAUCUAUCUAUCUAUCUUAGUUUGUUUCUUCAUAUCAUUUCAUUCUCUUUCUAUCUAUCUUUCUUCGUCUAUUCAUAUAAUCUCAUUCACUUACUAUCUAUUUAUCUAUGCCUCUUUAUUUAAUUUAACUUUUGCUUUCUAUCUAAAUAUCUAUCUUCCUUCCUCUUUCUUUUGUUUUCAUUAUCUAUCUAUCUAUCUAUCUAUCUAUCUAUCUAUCUAUCUAUCUAUCUUUCUUUCUUUGCUUCUUUCUUCAUAUCAUUUCAUUCUCUAUCUUUCUUCGUCUAUUCAUAUAAUCUCAUCUCUUUCUAUCUAUCUAUCUAUCUAUCUAUCUAUCUAUCUAUCUAUUCUCAUUAUCUAUCUAUCUAUCUAUCUAUCUAUCUAUCUAUCUGUGGUUAUCUCUUCACAUCAUUUCGUUCUCUAUCUUUCUUCGUCUUAUUUUCAUUCUCUUUCUAUCUUUCUUUCGUUCUUUCUUUCUUUCUUUUCUAACAUAUCCUCACCCACCCACAAGACCGGGGGGGUACUGUGUUCAACGUGUUAUAACCGUAAUCUAUCUAUCUAUCUAUCUAUCUAUCUAUCUAUCUAUCCUAGUCUGCUUAUAAAUCUAUCUAUCUAUCUAUCUAUCUAUCUAUCUAUCCUAUCUGUUUAUAACCCUAUCUAUCUAUCUAUCUAUCUAUCUAUCUAUCUAUCUAUCUAUCUAUCUAUCUAUCACAGUCUUUUAUAA